UUGCAUUUUCAGAAAUUAGUUAGGAAAGGAUCAGCAGUGCAAGGAGAAUUGAGUCAAGUUGAAACUCUCACUGAUUCAUCGACAAGAUUUUUUGAUAAAAGUGAUUUCAAAUCUACUAAUAAUCUAAACAAAAAUGUUGGAAUGUUAGUGCGAAUAACCCCAAGAAUGAUUAACUAUUGGGCAAAGGAAUUGAGACUGAUGUUUCAAGAAGAAUUGCAAAAUGUGCCAUUACCAGAAUUUUCUCGCAUUUUGAUGAAAUUGAAUGUAUCAAUACUCGCGCCAAAAAUUCAAGACGCAAAGUUUCCAAGGUUCAGCUAUAAGGUACACGCCAACAACACUGUUGAGACAGUACUUCGAGGUGGAUCAGCACAGCUGCUAAGUUCUUAUCGAGCAGUUUACCGAACAGUACGUGAAGGACAUUUGGUUGCUAAUAUCAGUGAAUUUAUUAUUAAUAUCAAAUUCAAAAUUGGAACAACUUUUGCUGGAAAGUUGGUGCUAGAAAAUAUCGUUUGUGGAGCGGAAGUAAGAUCAAUUAAUGUAAAGUUAACUCCAAAAUUGCAUCAGCUAGUUGAUGAAGGCUUACGGAUCGAGUUAAAUGAAGCAUUAUCUGUAGUAAUUUGCGAUUCUCUCGAGACUUUUACUAACAAGUUUGAAGAACGCCUAAAUAAAUUGAUUCGUUCACCAAUUCUAAAUAUUAGAAUUAAUGAUACAACAGUACACUUCUUGAUUGAUUCAACUAUAAGUAAUGAUAUCUCAAUAUCUGAAGAUCACUUUGACUUUCCGGUGCUUGGCACUCCAAUGGUUUACAAUAUGGAAAGUGAAAUACAUUCGUUAACGAUUCUGCCGAGUGAUAAACUGAAAAUGGUUUAUUUGUACGUGUCAGAAGUGAUGAUGAACACGUUUCUCAGGCAAAUAGAUAUUUUUACUGAUAAAGUGCUGUAUUUACAUUCUGAUCCAGCAUUUCGAAAAAUGUUAGAUCUAAAAUGUUCUGAUAACGAAAAAUGCAUUGGUGACUUGUUACAGGACACAGAACUGUAUGCACCUGAUUCUGGUAAAAUGGUCAUAAAAAUGCAUUCUCCAUUAGUUGCAUCAAUCAAAAACGGCUAUAUGCUAAUUAAUUUAUACCUUUCAACGUAUAUUACUUACAAACAAGACGAAUUGGACGUAAAAGUGAUGGAAUUUGAAUUACUUGGAACAGUCCGCAUCGAUGAUUAUUACGUAAACGAACAGUUGACUGAAAAGCACGAGUCAGUACGAAAUAGAAAUUCAAUGUUGCAGCUGUCUGAAUUAUCAAUUCGCAAUGUCACACCAUAUGUAGAAAUGAUCAGCAAUUAUGAUGGACACUUAUUACAAAUUAUUUCACUAAGAAAAGAGCUUUUACAGAAGUUGUUAUUGGAACAAUGCUCGAUGAUAAAGUCAACUACUAGUGAUUUGUAUCAGACAGUAAAUUGUACAGUAACUUUUCGGAAUAAAACGCUUGUGAUUGCAACAGACUUGGAAUGGAAUCCAGAAGUUUUUCACUACUUUAAUUUUUCGUUUUAA